GUCUAGAACAUCUCGUAGGCAUCGGGUCAAAAUGCGUGCCCUCAUUAUUCUAAGCAUUGUGGCAGCGGCAAAUGCCGGUAGCUUGUCCGGAUAUAAUUACGGACAAGGUGCGACAACCAGUAUUGGGGGUCGUGGUGUAUCCCAAGUCCCUGCACUGGCGGGAGCAGUUAGCUAUAGUGCCGUUCCCCAGGCCUCAGUUCACAAGGAGUUCUACAGCUUCUAUGCCAACGAUGACGACUUCGAGGAUAAGGGUGCUCUGCAGAGGGCUCUUGCCUCGGUCAAGAAGAACAUUCGCGUGAUCUUCAUCAAGUCGCCGGAGAACCGUGGCUACGAGAAUGCCGUUUUGGCCCUGGCUAAACAGGCUGCCCAGCAGCAGACUGCCAUAUAUGUGCUGCACAAACAGACUGACAUCAACGAGCUGGCCCAGAAAUUCAAUGCCGUGCGCCAGAAUGCCAACAAGAAGCCCGAGGUGCACUUCGUCAAGUACAGGACACCUGAGGAUGCUGCUAAUGCCCAGCGGGCCAUCCAAUCGCAGUACGAUCAACUCGGCGGCUCUAGCCAGUCCAUCAACGGUGGCGUGGCUAAUGCCAUCAACUUUGCAUCCCAGGGAGCUGCUCCAGCACGCGUUACUCCUCAACAGGUGCCCCAGAGCAACUACCUACCCGCCAACAUCCUUAGCCGCCUACGUCAUUAGAAAAUUGAUUGUUAAACGUUGUUUUCGAAUAAAAGUUAUCUAAUUUGGUUAUGUAAA